AUCAUGCAUUGCAACGAAACAGCAAUUCUCAUGACACAUCUCUCUACCACAAGUAAAAGCUUCCUCUUUUGGAAGCAUCCACUGUGCUAACCUUUGGGUAGUGGUUGGCUCCCUUGCCUUGAGGUUGUCAUUUUGACACGUAAACCAGUAAUCGUAUCGACAGGUAGAGGCCGCCGGGCACUAAAUAUGUGCCGUCAGUGAGCCGCUGGUGCAGCUAGCGCUCUAGCUCAGAAGCUUGCUAAAACAGCCACAGAAGCUAGUGUGCGCUAAUGGCAGCUAACUGAGGUGACCGCACUGGUCAACUCUAAUGUUUGGGAGCUACGUUCACCACGAAGGAGCAGCUGACAGAAGAAAACGUUGACACUGUUUCUACGGGAUACUCGACGUGGAAGCAGAACUCGCAUGUCUGUAGAGUCCCUAAAGUGAAUUUACAGGCUUCAGACCAAGAUGAACUCAAAUUUCCCAUGGUUCCCCAUGAACCUCACCUGGAGUGGUUGGGUGUUUUGAGAAAGGACACACAUCGGGUCUAUAAUCAAAAGUCAUGAAUCUCCAUCAGGUCCUCACAGGGGCUGUCAACCCGGGAGACAAUUGUUUCUCUGUAGGGAGUGUCAACAAUGUGCCAUUUACGGCCUAUGCGUCAGGUUGCGACGUGGUUAUUUUGGGAAGUGACUUUGAGCGACUGCAGAUCAUCCCAGGGGCCAAGCAUGGCAAUAUCCAGGUUGGCUGUGUCGACUGCUCACUGCAGGGUGGACAGAUUGCAGCUUCCUAUGGAAGCACUGUGUGCAUCUUUGAGCCUGUUCAGCACCCAGGUCAAAAGGAUGCAUCAUCGACUAAGUUUCACUGCCAGUGGCAGAAGACUGGUCAGUUUGUAUUGCAUUCAAUAGUACGCAACCUGGCAUGGCACCCCACAGGCAGCACUCUCUUAACAGGCUCUAGUAGCCUUCAGUUGUGGGCUAAUGCUGAUGGACUUACAGAGGAAACUGAAGGAGGAAAGCAGCCUGAAAUGACCAUGAUAGAUUCUCAUUGUGCCUGGAGGUGCAUCUGGCAGAGCAAGACAGCCUCUCCAGUCAGUUUGAUGAAGUUUUCACCUGAUGGGGAUUUCUUUGCUACUGCUGGACAGGAUGACUGCUUAGUAAAGGUCUGGUACUGCACCAGCAAGUGGAAGUCGGGUGUUUCGAGACUUUUUAUUCCUCCAGAUCCCAGUGUCAGUGUCCAGGGAAAGCUGGCCUUCUCCUUUGUCUACCUGGCCCACCCUCGUUCUGUUACCGGCUUCUCUUGGAGGAAAACCAGCACAUAUAUGCCACGAGGUGCGGUGUGUAAUGUUCUGCUCACCUGCUGUAAGGACAGUGUGUGUCGGCUCUGGGCAGAGACACUGUUGCCGGGUGACGGCCUCAUGUCUGGGCUCCUCAACAACAAUGCAUCUGGCCAGCACAAUGACGCACCUAGAUGUGCUGCUCCUACUAGAAAACACACCUGCAACGGGAAGGUGCAAGGAAAUACAACACAUGAAUUUAAUUUUCAAGAACCAUGGCACUUCUCUAUAAAUCAGGAUGUGCCCAAGCUUUCCCAGACUGAGUGCCUGCCUCAGCAUCAGAGCCGCCAUUACCAUCACAAAAAAUGUAGCAGCAACAUACCUCUUGCCAACGCCCUCUGCCACUUCCACAUAGCUGCCAGCAUCAACCCAGCUACAGACAUUCCUCUGCUGCCCUCAAUCUCCUCUCUGACUGCAUCAGAUGAUGAGGAACCUGGAGGUCCUUUUACUGUCCACUGGCUCAACAACAAAGAGCUUCAUUUCACUUUGGCUAUGGAAGUCUUUCUGCAGCAGCUCCGAGGCAGCUUGGAGCAACGCAAUGAAUGCUCCAAUGAAGAGCCUGAGGAUGAGGAGUACUCUGAUGAAGAGGAUCAUGGUAGCAGGCCAAGUGAUCCCCAAGGACCAGAGGCUGUGGAGCUUCCAGUUGCAGCAGUGGAGCAUGAGGUGGAUGUGCUGCUAGAAGAGUGGAAUAAAGGGGCAGAUAUGUUGUUCAGCAUCCAUCCCAUGGACGGCUCUCUGUUGGUCUGGAAUGUUGACUGGUUGGAUGAAUACCAACCGGGAAUGUUCAGACAAGCUCAGGUGUCUUUUGUGUCCCGUUUACCUGUGGCAUUUCCUGCAGGCGAUGCAAUCUCCUUGAGCCACAGUGUUGUUUUGUAUGCCUGCAACAAGAAUGUGGAUCUAGCUAUCCAACAUGGCAGACAACGACCACCUGGGACCACAUUGCCUCAAACUAAAUCUGCUUUAAUAAGCUACAGAGACCAAGGAAAAGCUACACCCAGCAGUAGUCUUCGACUAAGCAUUUUCACCCCAAACGUGCUUAUGAUCUCCAAACACGCCGAUGGUUCUCUGAACCAGUGGGCAGUCAGUUUCGCAGAGGACUCUGCUUUCUCCACUGUCCUCAGUGUCUCUCAUAAGUCACGGUACUGUGGCCACCGCUUCCACCUCAAUGACCUGGCCUGUCACUCAUUACUCCCUCUCCUCCUCACCACGUCACACCACAAUGCUUUAAGGACACCAGAGGUAGACAACAUUCUGGCUCCCCCAGAGGCCUGCUCUUCUGGUUUCUCUCUGCCCCGGAGUUCACGAGCCAGCCGGGCGUCCCUAGGUGUGGUUUCCCAAGAUCCUAAUGCAAUCUACAGUGAGCUGAUUCUAUGGAGAGUGGACCCUGUUGGCCCUCUGUCUUUGUCAGGCGGGGUCUCAGAGCUAGCCAGGAUCAAUUCUCUCCACGCGUCAGCAUUUGCUAAUGUAGCCUGGUUGCCCACACUCAUUCCCAGCAGCUGUUUAGGUGCAUACUGUUACUCCCCAAGCGCCUGCUUCGUGGCAAGUGAUGGCCACUCACUCAGACUCUAUCAGGCUGUUAUAGAAGCUAAGAAACUCUUGAGUGAACUCUCCAACCCCGAGAUAUCGAAAUAUGUUGGGGAGGUAUUCAACAUGAUCAGUCAGCAAUCCACUGCAAAACCAGGGUGUAUUAUUGAGCUGGAUGCCAUAACUGACUUUCAGGGGAAGGAGACCCAGCUCCUACAUGUCUUUGAGGAAGAUCUGAUCCUUGGCAGUCAGAGAACAGAGAGCACACAGGACCCUCCUGAUCUUCAUCAUGAUGCCUCAAGUGAGGCAACCUUCUCGGCUCGAUUUUUCCUGGUAGUGGUGGAAGUAACACCGAAAGGGCGCUCACUCCUCCACAUGUGGCAUCUCCAUCUUGCUGCUCAACCCAUUAUUAUGGAGGAGACCAAGACAGAAACUCCUAUGAACAGCUCUCACUUUGACUUUGACACAUUCAGUUCUCCAGUCACUCAGAGGAGUAAAACCUGCACUUCCAAUUUGCAGAGUGCUUGUCGCCUCAACCUCACUACACACACACUAUACAGCCAAGAGAUGGUCCUGCCAGAAGGGGUAGAAAUUAUCAGUGUUACGCCCUCAGCAGGUCACCUGAGUGCAUCUUGUUCUCUGCCAGCUGGCCGUGUGCCUUAUCUCCUUGCUACUUCCUGUUCCGAUGGAAAGGUGCGCUUCUGGAGGUGUAAUGUUGUGGCGACAGAGCCUUUCAGUAUAGAUUGUUUGUCAUACCAGUGGGAGGAGUGGCCACUCCUGGUCGAGGAAAGGCUUCCCAGCAGCAGUGAAAUAAGUGUGCCAGGUCGCCCCGUUGAGGUCAGCUGCUGUCACACUGGAAGGUUUGCAGUUGCCUAUAGGCAGACACCAAAUGCACAUCUGAAAUCCACACCUCAUUUGAACUAUCAGGGAGUGUUGAUUUCUUCUCCUGCACAAGCUUCCUCGCCCUAUAACACUCACCUGGCCCCAAGCUUGACUCUACCACAUAGCCUAAAUUCCACUCUAAGCCCCAACCAAGCAAACAGUAGAGAGCCCAUGGUUUACAUUGGCAUUUUCCAGUGUGAAUCCACAGGUGGGUCACAGUGGAUUUUAGAACAGACCAUAGUCCUCGACAGUACAGAUUCCACGGCUAGUUAUGGCAUUAGCAGCAGCACAAGUGGAAGUGCCAGUAGUCCAAGUAACAUGGACUUUUCUUUACCUAUUGAGAACUGCUCAGGUUCCACCAGUAGGAGCCUGGUUCAUUUGGACUGGGUGUCUCAAGAGGAUGGGUCACAUAUUCUGACUGUCAGUAUUGGGACAAAGAUUUAUAUGUAUGGGCGCCUUGCUGGAAAGCCUCCAGACCUGUGUCUGUCAUCUGAUGCAAGUAAGGAACAGAGCUUGUCUCGCCUAGUUUUGCUUCGUUCGGUCGAUCUGGUCUCUUCUGUUGAAGGUUCAUUACCCAUCCCAGUCUCUCUUUCCUGGGUACGAGAUGGCAUCCUGGUCGUCGGGAUGGACUGUGAGAUGCACGUUUACUCCCAGUGGCAACCUCCAACACCACCUAAAGCCAGUGCUGCCAUCGCCCAAGACACAGACAUUGGCAGCAGUGUCUCCUCCAUAGUCUCAGCUGUCAGACAGAGUCAGGAGGAUGGGCUCAAUCCUGGGGCUUCACUAGCUCCUCCCAAAAAGGCAUUUUCAAGGUCGAUGAUGAGUCUGGCUCAGAAACUCCGCGGGAAGAGAACAGCUUAUGACCCGCCUGUAGAGAUGGAAGAUUCUGGACUUUUUGAAGCAGCACACAAACUCUUUCCCACUCUUCCCCAGUAUCAUCCUGUACAGUUACUGGAGCUCAUGGAUUUAGGGAAGGUUCACCGUGCCAAAGCCAUUCUCUCUCACCUCGUGAAAUGCAUUGCUGGGGAAAUAGUACCACUUAAAGACAGUAACACCAAUCCAGAAAGGCGCGUGCGCUCUCGAACCAUUGGUGCUGGAGGCAGCACAGCCAGGGAUCCGAAAAUGUUCAGCAUUGCUGAGAGCUCCACCCCUGGCUACACUGAGAUAAGUUCCAUCCCUCCCCUGCCUCUUUAUGCUCUUCUGGCAGCUGAUGAAGAUACAUCAACAAAACACGAUAAAGUGGGCAGUGUAAGUGGGGACAGUGGACAUGGUUCCAGCCAAACAGAUGCUUAUGACGAGCUCUUUCAUACACCCAGCAUAGCGGAUCUGGAUCCUCUCAACAAUAAUCAGGAGGAAACGGGCAACAAAGUUAUUGACUUGUCUCAGUACAGUCCCACAUACUUUGGUCCAGAACAUGCACAGGUUCUGUCCAGCCACCUCCUUCACUCGAGUUUGCCAGGACUAACUCGUCUGGAGCAGAUGUCUCUCAUGGCGUUGGCCGACACCAUUGCUACAACAAGCACAGACCUCAAUGACAGCCAGGACAAGAGCAAAGGUGGCGAGACACUGGAUGAGUGUGGUCUGAAGUUCUUACUGGCUGUCAGACUGCAUACCUUCCUCUCUACCUCCCUGCCACCAGCACACCGAGCACAGCUGCUCCGGCAAGGCCUGUCGACAUGUCACUAUGCCUGGGCCUUUCACUCUGAGGCUGAGGAGGAGCUGUUGAAUAUGCUCCCUGCCCUACAGAAGGGAGAGCCCACCUGGCCUGAGCUGCGCUCCAUGGGUGUGGGCUGGUGGCUGCGCAGCAACAACAAGCUACGCAGGUGUAUUGAGAAGGUUGCCAAGGCUUCUUUUCAAAGAAGCAAUGAUCCUCUGGAUGCAGCUAUAUUCUACCUUGCGCUGAAAAAGAAAGCAGUGAUCUGGGGAUUGUACAGGUCCCAGAAGAAUGCCAAAAUGACUGACUUCUUCCACAACAACUUCAGUGAGGACAGGUGGAGGAAAGCAGCAUUGAAAAAUGCUUUUUCACUUUUGGGAAAGCAGCGGUUCUUACAUUCUGCAGCCUUCUUUCUUCUUGCCGGGUCCUUAAAGGAUGCUGUUGAGGUGUGUUUAGAGAAACUGCAUGACCUGCAGCUGGCUCUGGUCAUCUCCAGAUUGUACGAGUCUGAAUUUGAGACGGGAUCCACCUACAAAAAGAUCCUUCAGAGACACAUUCUGGGUCAAGACAAACAGAUUCAAGCCCACCAGGACUCGUUCUUGCGCAGCAUGGCUUACUGGGUCCUGGAGGACUACAGUAAAGCAUUGGACACUCUUCUUGAGCAUGGCACCAACAGAAACAGCUCUGGGACCCCUGAGAGCAAAUGUGAAGCUGGUUCCUCUUUUGUGUCUACAAGUAACCCUGAAGUUUUCAACUUUUACAUCUACCUCCGUACCCACCCACUUCUCCUUCGCCGCCAUUUUUGCUCUUCCGACAAUGCUAAAGUUAGUUUGACUGCUGAGGGUCGAAGGGCUGACUCCAUUAGCCUGGAGGAGAGGAGGCUGUUUUUCACAGCUGCAUAUGCCCACCUACAAGCUGGCUGCCCCAUGCUAGCACUUGAAAUCCUCUCCAAAAUGCCCAAAGUUCAUAGGCAUUCACGACUCCAGAAUCAGGAGGAUACAGGAAUCUCCGCUGAACUCAGUGUUGGGAGUAAGGAAGGACAAACCUCAGACCCAGACUGGUCUCAGCCAUGUCUGAACGGCUACGAGUCCGAUGGGAACAGCUUGUCAAUCAGUAAAUCAGAUUCGUUGUUAAGUUUCGACUGGAGCCAGCCUUCACUGACAAUUCCAGAUGAGCCCCUAGAGCUGAAGUGGGACAGUGACAAAGACGAAGACGAGGAGGAGAGCGAAGAAGAAAUUAAAAAUGCUAAGACUGGUAUAAUUGCAGACAGCAGCAGCGUGUUCCAAGACACGCAGGAUGCCAUGUCACCACUAAUGGAGACAGUGAUGGAAGACGACAGCGAGAACAGCAACGACUUCAUUGCACCGUCUGAUGACGUCUUGGUGGCCCAGCUGAAGUUUACUGCCUGCUUGAAGAUUAUGACCAAUGAGCUGCGGACACUGUCAACAGGGUAUGAAGUCGAUGGGGGGAAGCUGCGCUACCAGCUCUACCAGUGGUUAGAAAGAGAGGUGGUCGCUCUCCAGCGUUGCUGCAGCUACAAGCCCUGCCUGUCAGAUCUGUCUGUCCUGGGUGAUGCCUCUGUUUUUGGGUUGGUGGAGGAGGAGCAGCUGGGUAGCCCUCGUAGUGACAGCCAAAGGAGCAGGAGACACUGGCUGCAGAGUAACCAGCCUUUGCUCAGGAUGUUCCUCAGCUACUGCAGCUUGCAUGGCUCCCACGGUGGAGGACUGGCUUCUGUUCGCAUGGAGCUCAUACUGUUGCUUCAGGAAUCUCACCAGGAUGACUCUAUCCAAUCUGUGGUGACAUCCAGUUCCCAGCCUAACGCUAUCCCUCUUCUCAUGGCGUGCACAGCCAAUGUAAAGACCGUGGUGGCCAAUCCCAUGGUGUACCUGACCAACCUGACUCAUGACAUUUUGCAGACCAUCAUUGCACUCGAUUCUCCUCCACACCCUGAUGUUGUUAACAAUGAGGGACACAGUGGCACUACCAAUGAGUCCCUGCAACACAGCAACACACAAGAGGUGUGGAGGGGCCUGAAAACCAUGUCUGGCCAGUGGGGAGAUGAUAAGAGGGACCCUGAAUCUGGAGACCUGGAGCAGAGAUGUACAUUUCGCCAUUAG